GCCCGUUAGUCUGCCCUAGGAACGCGUGGCGUUUGCGCGUGCUUGGCGUGUGUUCACGUACAAUUAAGUAUUUCAGUUAGCGGCGACCGUAUUUUUGAUCUCUCUAUUAGUCAUGUCGAAAAGAAAAUGUAUAUUUUCUGACAGUUUAAAAAGUCAAUACAAGAUGUUCAAAUCUGGCAAAGAGCCAUGGGACGCAAAAUGUGUAAUUUGUGAUCAAAUAAUUUCCAUUGCUAAUAAGGGCAAAGCUGACUUAGAAAAGCAUUUAAAUACCGAAAAACACAAAAUGAAGAUUCGUAGUACGGCAUCUACAUCAAGAAUUGAUAUUUUCAUGGAAUCCAAUGCGAACUUAAAUCUUCAACGGAGCGUUCGGGCCACAGAAGCUACUCUGGUUUAUCAUACCGUUAAACAUCACGAAUCAUUUAACUCUCUAGAUUGCACAGCUCCACUUUGCAAGAGUAUAUAUCCAGAUUCGAAAAUCGCAAAAGAUGUAACCUGUUCCCGCUCAAAAGCUGAAGCUAUCCUAAAAAAUGUUUUAGGCCCAUUUGCCCAAGAAAAUAUGUUAAAAGAAGUGUCAAAAAUCAGAUACUUGAGCGUCUCCACAGAUAGUAGCAACCAUGGUGCUAUUAAGCUAUUUCCUGUGCUUAUACAAUAUUUCAACCCUGAAAAGGGAGGAAUUCAAGUUAAAUUACUGGAGCUACAGGCCUUACCGAACGAGACUGCUGAAACAAUAUCCACUUACAUACACACCAUUUUGACGGACAAAAACUUAUUGGAUAAAUUAAUAGCUUUUUCAGCGGACAACACCAAUACUAACUUUGGCGGUAGAGAGAGAAGUGGGACCAACAGCGUCUACAGUAGACUCAAAUCAGCUACUCAAAACGAUGAUAUGGUCGGUGUUGGAUGUAUUGCACAUAUCUUCAGCAAUUCCGUACAUCACGCAAUCGAAUCUUUACCAAUCUGUGUAGACAGCAUAGUGAUGCAAAUGCACAACCAUUUUGCCAGCUUCACAGUUCGUACUGAAGCUUUAAAAAAAGUUUGUUCAGAAUUGGAAAUUGAUUUUAAACGUAUGCUUAGCCAUUCAAAAACCCGCUGGCUAUCUCUUUAUCCCGCCAUAGAGAGAAUCUUGCAAAUGUACGAGCCAUUAAAGUCAUACUUUCUUUCACUGAGUUAUCCGGCCAGAACAUUGCAAAUGUUUUUCGAAAAUGACUUCUCUGAGUGUUAUUUAUGGCUCUUACAUUCUUUCAUGUCUAUAUACCAAAGCCGAAUCAAACACACUGAAACUGCUGAUAUUUCUGUCAAUGAAGUAAUUGAUCAGUGUUCGCAAGUAGUGGAAAAUAUAAACGAAAGAUUGGAACAAAAUUUUUGCCCCAUGAAAGUGACCGAAAUUUUACGGCGUUUAUCGGAGGCUCGUCGGGAUGAGGUAGAAGAUUUUAAACAAAACAUGAGAAGAAUGUACAAUAUUGCCAAAGAUUACCUGAAUUCCUGGACCAGUGAAUUUUGUACUGACCUAAAACACUUUCAGUGGAUGACUUUAGCUAAUAUUCCAAGCUAG